AUGCUCGGCUUGCUUCCAUUCGACCAGCUUUUCGACAUCAUCUCUCGGUUGCGACGCAAUGACGUGUUGGAAUGCAUGUGUGUUUCGCGACAAUGGCACCAAACAGUUCCUGAUUAUGCAAGCGAAUGCUUCCGUCAAGUGAAACUCGAUACAAAAAGAGACGAUCUAGACUACAGCGGAUUACUGGAACGGGUCGGUUGCUAUGUCAACGUGGUUGUCUUCGAGAACUUCCCUGCUUGGAAAGGAAAAGCCUCCAAGGUUGCAUCGCUUCUCCCAAUCUUAUGCCCCAACAUCCACACACUACACCUUUAUCACAGCUUCAUUGAUAAACGUUUUGGGACGUAUUUGGGAAAGUAUCUGACACAAUUACCUCGGCUCAUCCAUUUGGCAAUCACGCGUCCUGCUGGUGCACCAUCCCCAUCAUCAAAAUUCAUUCGUGCUAUUCUCGCUUAUUCACCACGCUUGGUAUCGAUCAGCCUUACGCGGGAUGCGCGUCCUGGAGCAUUGCCACGUGAUCUAUCUUUGUUACAUGCUCGGCUAUCAUUCUCUAUCAACCUUCAGCAUUUGGAUAUGGCUGAUUUCUUCAUUCACAUUCAUUCUCUCGAGCCAGUGUUGAGGAAUUGCCCGAAUCUAAGAAGCUUGGUAGCGUAUAUGGGAGCCCAAGAUAUACAACAGGAAAUGGCAAUUUUGGAACGAUGGUGUCCAAGGAUACGGCAUCUUUAUUUUCCAUCAAGGCAUGCCAAGGAGCCCAUACACAUAACACCAGCCUACUAUGCCGAAGACGACAAUGACGAUGACGAUGACGGUGUAACAACAGCCUCCAAAGCUAUCUUGUUGCGAAAUUUAUGGAUUCAAUGUGAAAUGGCGCAGCACUUUUUGGACCAAAAACAAAUCAAGUAUCUACAUUUGGAUUACUAUUGUCUAGUUGGAUACAUUCCGGCACCACCUACUUCUGUUGAUACCCUUAUCAGAAAAUAG